CAGAGACGCAGGUUUCGGCUUACAGCGCAUACCACACUAACAAGAGCAAAAUACAGUAAAAUCCUGGCUAACCAGCCGCCUGGAACUACACGGGAAUAUACCUUCAACUACGCCAAACUUCGGAUUUUGUCGGAGGACACUACUGAGCACAGACUGUGGAUUGUAUAAGGAGUUUUUUGCCUUGUAAUGUGGGAAUGCUUUCUCCUCUUUUCCGUGGUAUGUGGAUCUGGGAGCGACCAUGUUAAUAGGUAGGUGAUAAAGGAGAGGCCAGCUGUUCUAUCCCAGCUAGAAGAGGACUCAGGAUAGAAGCUGAAAGAGCCACACAGAGCCGGCGUGGGACACAUCACAAUCGAGGGGACAUCAGGAUGAAAGUGCCUCUGUACCACUGACAAGCAGGACUGGAAUGAUCUCUUGACCGUUUUUUUUCCUGGAAGUGACCGAGUUAGCGAUGAGAGGGGGGAUAUAAUGGCCAAAAACAAGGAUGCACGCCCCCCGACAUUCGCUGUCAGUGUGGUCGGCCUCUCGGGGACGGAGAAAGAGAAGGGAAAUUGUGGUGUAGGCAAGUCCUGCCUAUGUAACAGAUAUGUGCGUCCUGAUGCGGACAGUUACUACUCAGAGCACACCUCAGUGCUGAGCACAAUAGACUUUGGGGGACGUGUGGUCAACAAUGACCACUUCCUUUACUGGGGGGAGGUGUCCCACAGAGGGGACGAUGGGUUGGACUGUAAAAUCCAAGUCAUCGAACAGACAGAGUUCAUUGAUGACCAGACGUUCCUUCCGCAUCGGAGUACAAACUUGCAACCGUACACCAAAAGAGCGGCAGCAACGAAGCUUCAGUCGGCAGAGAAGCUCAUGUACAUCUGCACCGAUCAGCUGGGCCUGGAGCAGGACUUUGACCAGAAGCAGAUGCCCGACGGGAAGCUGAACAUCGACGGUUUUGUGCUCUGCAUCGAUGUUAGCAAAGGUUGCAACAGGAAGUUUGAUGACCAAAUGAAGUUUAUCAACAGCCUCUACUCUCAGAUAGUGAAAGCAAAGAAGCCUAUUGUUGUGGCUGCCACAAAAUGUGAUGAGUGUGUAGACCAGCACCUUAGGGACCUGCAGGCUUUUGUUGCCAGCAAGAAAAACCUGUUGUUAAUUGAGACGUCAGCACGCUCCAAUGUCAACACAGAGCUCUGCUUCAACGCUCUCAUCCAACAGUUGGAUAAAACAAGAGGGAAGCCAAAAACUGUGCCAUACCUGGAGGCCUAUAAAAUCCAACGGCAGCUCGUCGCCUCGGUGUCAGAUAGAUUUGAAAAGCUGAUGGUUCACACAGUGAGAGAUUAUCACACCACAUGGAAAACUGUGAUGAAUAAUAUGAAAGGCCAGCCAGAUUACGAUGAAUUCAUCAACUUGGAGGGCUCCAGGAAAGCCCGCAACAUGUUCACAAAGCACAUUAGUCAACUGAAGCAGGAGCACAUCAAGAGGAGAAGGGAAGAGUAUCUGACAACGCUCCCCAAAACCCUCAACAACCUCCUGAAUAAUCUAGAGGAAGUCGAAUCCCUCUCAUGGCCCGAGGCGCAGAGUGUCAUAAGGAACCGUUCUGAUUUCCAGUACUGGUUUGUGAUUUUAGAACAAACACCCUGGGAUGAGACUGACCACAUCGACAACAGUGACCGAAGGAUACCCUUUGACCUCCUGGAUACGCCCGAUGGCGAGAGAAUCUACCACAGUCACGUCCAGCACCUGCUGUCUGAAAAGAGACGGGGCGAGAUGAAAGAGAGGUUCAAGAAGACGCUGGAGAGGGUUCAUUUUAUCAGUCCGGGGCAGCCUUGGGAGGAAGUCAUGUGCUUCGUCAUGGAGGACGAGGCCUACAAGUACAUCACAGAAUCAGAUAGGAGGGAUGUUUACUGCAGACACCAGCAGGAAAUAGUUGAAAGGGCCAAAGAGGAUUUUCAGGAAAUGCUUUUUGAACAUGCUGAGCUGUUCUAUGACUUGGACCUGAACGCCACCCCCAGCUGCGACAAGAUGAGCGAAAUUCACAGUGUGCUAAAUGAGGAGCCCAGAUACAGAGCACUGCAGAAACUUGCCCCAGAUAGAGAGUCACUCCUCCUCAAACACAUUGGGUUUGUUUACCAUCCCACAAAGGAGACAUGCCUGAGCGGGCAGAACUGUGUGGAUCUGAAAGUGGAGCAGGUUUUAGCCAACAGGCUGGUGCAGCUCGACCACGGACGCUCUAAUCUCUAUUAUAACAGUGCCAACAUUGAUAAGAUCAACCUCUGCCUCCUGGGAAGGGAAGGUCUCUCACAGGAACUAGCCAACGAGAUCAGAGCUCAGUCCACGGAUGACGAGUACACCCUGGACGGUAAGAUUUACGAACUUGAGCUCCUUCCUGUGGAUGUCAACUCUACACUCCUCUUCAGCCACACCUGGGUCAACAGUUUCAAACCUCACGGCUGCUUUUGUGUCUUUAACUCCAUAGAGUCCCUUAACUGUAUUGGGGAUUGCAUAGGCAGGAUCAGAGCAGAGAUAGCACAGAGUCGGAGAGAUCGUUUUGCUCAGCCGCUACCGUUCAUUCUUAUCCUGGCCAAUCAGAGGGACAGCGUCUGCAAAAACAUCCCCAUCCUACGGCACCAGGGCCAACAGCUGGCUAACAAGCUUCAAUGCACCUUUGUCGACAUCCCCUCUGGGGCCUUUCCACGCAAAUUCACAGAGUUUCAGAUAAAGCAGGGUCUCCGAGCAGUGCUGGAGGGUCUGAAGCAUAACUUUGAUGUCCUGGCCCCUCUGCCCUGUAUCAAAGACAUGUCAGAGACAGACCUUAGGAUAGUCAUGUGUGCCAUGUGCUGGGAUCCCUUCAGCGUUGACCUCAUCCUCUCUCCGUUCCUCGACUCACACUGCUGUAGCGCAGGGCAGCCGGGUCAGAGUAACACGCUGAUACUGGACAAGAUCAUCGGAGACACUAGGAGGAGGAUCCAGGUCACUGUGCUCUCCUAUCACUCCGCCAUUGGCGUUCGCAAAGAUGAAUUGGUGCAUGGCUACAUUUUAGUGUACUCUGCCAAACGCAAAGCUUCCAUGGCGACCCUGCGGGCGUUCUUGGCUGAAGUCCAGGAUGUGAUCCCCGUCCAGAUGGUAGCAAUCACAGACAGUCAGGCUGACUUCUUUGAGAAUGAUUCGAUUAAGGAGUUAAUGACAGAGGGGGAGCACAUCGCCACAGAGAUUGCUGCAAAGUUUACUGCACUCUACUCGCUGUCACAGUAUCAUCGACAGACUGAGGUGUUCACACCCUUCUUCAAUGAAGUGCUGGAGAAAAAGCCGAGCAUCGAGAGCUCCUUCUUGUUCGACAGCUCUUCACGGGAGUGCACCACGGGUGCCAGCGAGGACGUCUUUCCCACGUCACCACAUAGCCAUUCACCCGCCUAUAACACCUAUUACCCUGAAUCUGACGAUGAUAACGAGGCUCCUCCGCCGUACAGCCCAAUCGGUGAUGAUGUUCAGCUACUCCCCACGCCUAGUGAGCGGGCUAAGUACCGCAUCGACCUGGAAGGCAAUGAAUACCCAGUUCACAGCACGCCUGUUGGAGACCAUGAACGCAACCACAAAGUGCCUCCACCAGUCCGGCCCAAACCAGUGCUACCCAAACCUAAUGUGAAAAAGCUAGACCCCAACCUACUCAAAACCAUCGAGGCCGGCAUGAGGAGCAACCGUAGGAUGCCGAGAGGCCCAAUGACGCACAGCGAGGACGUGGAGGCGUCAGACAACUAUGCAGACCCCGUGGACACCUUGCUGAGGUCCAGGGGGUACCACAACGAUGACAUAUACGCUGUGCCUGAUGACGCACACAGCCGUCUGGUCAAAAUAAGAAACUCCUUCGGCGGCUUACACGGCCUUCAUGGAGGCGGCGAGGAAGAGAACGGAUAUGACAGGAAGUCUCAGACUGGACGGCGGCCGUCGAAAUACAAACACCGCUCUAAAAUCCUCUUCAGCAAGACGAAGGCCUACCAAAGACGAUUCCACUCUGACAGCGACGGCGAGGAAUCCGGCCCUGCCACGCAGAAAAAGAAAAAGGGAAGAGCCCAUCGGGGCAGCGAAGAGGACCCAUUACUGUCCCCUGCAGACCCCUGGAAGGGCGGGAUAGAUAACCCUGCCAUCACAUCUGACCCGGAGCAGGAGGACAAGAAGAUGAAGAAAAAGAAGACGCCCAAGACACCAAAGGAACCCAAGAAGCCGAGAUCUUCCAAACCACCCAAGCCUCUGUAUCCCCCCACCCGAAGAACCUGGGAGAGCAACUACUUUGGCGUUCCCCUGCAGCACCUGGUGACCCCGGAUCGACCAAUCCCACUCUUCAUUGAGAAAUGCGUGGACUACAUUGAGCGCAUAGGACUGACGACAGAAGGCCUGUACCGCGUCAGUGGGAACAAGACAGACCAGGACAACAUCCAGAAACAGUUUGACCAAGAUCACAGCAUCGACUUUGUGGCGAUGGACGUGGCGGUGAAUGCUGCUGCCGGAGCUCUAAAGGCUUUCUUUGCAGACCUGCCUGACCCACUGAUCCCCUACAGUCUGCACCCUGAGCUGGUGGAGGCCGCAAAAAUCAUGGACUACAUCGAGCGUCUGCAGGCUCUGCGGGAGAUCGUGAAGAAGUUUCCGUCUGUGAACUACCAGGUCUUCAAAUACAUCAUCACACACCUCAACAGGGUCAGCCAGCACAGCAAGACCACCCUGAUGACGGCCGACAACCUCUCCAUCUGCUUCUGGCCGACACUGAUGCGGCCCGACUUCGAGAACAAAGACACGCUGUCCACCACCAAGCUGAACCAGGCCGUCAUCGAGUCCUUCAUCGUGCAGAGUGACUACUUCUUCCAUGGCGGCGAGGUGGCCGAGAGCUCCAGCAGCGAGGGCACGCCGCCGCCGCACUGCCACAACAUGGUGGAGGCUCUGCUCCCUCUGCAGCUGCCCCCGCCUCUGCAGCCGCAGCAGAUCCAGCACACCCUGCACCCCGACCCGCUCAUCUAAGCAGCUCAGAGGCAUGCUGGGAAAAGACGUCUGGGGUUUGUUUGUGUGAGACGCCGCUCACAUAAAAUUAAAAAAAAAAAAAAAACCCCGGCAGUGAAUUUUGGGGAUCAGCAGCUGCUGUUUGUCAUCGACUUUGAGGUGAUGAGCUCUGGGGUUCAGGGACACACGGAGCGUUUGUUGGAUUAGAGCUAAUCUGUGAGAUCGAGGUAAAUCCUGGAUUAGAGAAUCACAAUCGGACGUCACCUUUUGGAACUAAUUUUUGCCCUUUUAUGACACCGAGGCUAAAGCAGCCGAUGAGUGAACUGAUUUGAUUUGGCACAUAGCGACAACACUAAUCGAUUAGCAGGGUCUGACAUGGACUCUGGGGAUUCUUGGAGACGUGUUGAGCAAAUAAAAAUCCCCCUCCUUCUACUUUAACCUGAUGGAAUAGCACACAUCCCCCUCCCCUUUAACCCCGGCCCCGUAACAGAAAAGGGAAGCUCGCCCCCAUGACUGCAACUCACAUAUGAAACCUUCGAAUCUGACCGACCGACUCCCGAGACUCUGGACUGACUCGUUUCCUCACUGAAAGGAUUCACAGAGCUUUCCGGCACAGGAAAACAUUUCCUCUUCUUCUCUCGACAACUAGAGGGAGAACUCUCCCACCACGCCAAACAAGCUCACAAACGGUGCAUUUGGGAAGUUGCAGAGAAAAAUCGUGGAUUAUUUUUAAAGUUUGGAGCAGCAGGGAGCUCUGAAGGACGGGUUAAAAUCAUGCACGAUUUGUGUCAACGGUCCGUCAUGCCAAUUUCACAUCUGUGUCAUUUUAUCAUUUUUUUUAAUAUUCUUUUUUUAACGUCUAAUUUCUACCCUGAUUGUGCGUUUGUGUGCGUGAUGACGAUGAUGCGUGUGACUUUAGGUCUGUGAACCUUCUCUGCAGAGGGAAGGAGGGAUUCACGAGGGAAUUUCAGACUCGAGAGAAUUAUUAGCCAAACUGUCUUGUCUCUUAACUCUCCAUGCAACGACUGACGCCCCCGAUCUCUGAAGGGACGACCUCUUUUCCCUCCACGAUGGCACAUGAGCGAGGAAAACCACUACGUCUGUUCGCUUCAAGGACGUCUUCCGUGUUCGAUUAGGACGCUUCCUGCUUCGUCUCAUUUCUGUUUUUUGUUCUGUUGGUUCGUCGGAAACUAAACUUUGCAUGUCUCUGUUUUGCCACUUAAAGAAAAGAACUUUAAAGUUAAAAAAAGAAUUGAAAACUUUGAAACUGUAAAGGAGCUCUUGUUCAGAUCUGCAUCCUUUUAUCCAAUCUGUUUUUGGUUUAUGGGGAACAUUUCCACUUUGUUUUUGCAUAAAGUUUCUUUUCUUUCAUGCAAGAAAUCAACUCUUAUAUCAUAUUUUUGGUUAAAUGUCAAAUAGUUUCCCUAAAUAGAGGAGAGAAGUAUAUAAAAGUAUAAAUAUAUAUAUAUAAAUCUAUCAGCAGCAAAGUUUGCUGAUUUAGUGAACUACCACGGGGUACUGGACUAUAACCUGUCAGAAGCUAUAAUCAUAUUUCUUUGUGGUUCUGAUGGUCAAACUGGAACCAUCUCUUUUUUAUAGAGUGCGUGUGUUUGUGUGUGUAGAGGGGAGGGCUUCGAUCAAUUUAAAUCCUCUUCAUCCUGAUGCAAAGACAAAAGAAAUCCCUCAUCGCUUUCUUCAUCAACAACAGAGGAGAAGUGGAGCUGCAGUCGUGAACUUGUACUCAGAGCCCAGCUUUGAGGAAAAUCCUUGAUAUUUGUCACAGGCUAGUGAAGGUCGUCGUUAAGCAGGUUUUCUCUUCUGUCCAUGUGGUUUGAAAAUAUUCCAUCAGCUCCAGGAUGAAGACGUUAGUGAAUAAUCUAGAUCAGGGGUGUCAAACUCAUGGCCUGGGGGCCGAAUCUGGCCCGUGGAACAGUUAAAUCCGGCCCUCAAGACGAUCUCAUAUUUCUGUUAUAACUGGCCCAUCAGUCUAAGGUCUGCAGAUU